AUGAAGACUUCUUUCCUAGUUUUGAAUAUCCUGGCAUUAACCCUGCCUUUCUUGGGUGCAGAGGUGCAAAACCAGGAACAACCAACAUGCCAUGAGAAUGAUGAAAGAUUUUCCAAUAAGAAAACAAUCCAAUAUAUCCCAAUUCAUUAUGUGCUGUAUAGUCAUCCUUACAAUCAACCCAAUUACUAUCAAUAUAAACCAGCUGCACCAAUUAAUAAUCAAUAUAUGCCUUUUCUAUAUGUAAAACCAGUUGCAGUUAAACCACAUACCCAAAUUCAUCAAUGGGCCCAGUCAAAUAGCCACCAGCCUACUAAAGUACAUCACCCCUUCCUAUAUCCAUCAAUUAUUACCAUUCCCCCAAAGAAAAUUCAGGAAAAAAUAGUUAUCCCUCCUGUCAAAACCAUGGCUACUGUUCAGCCUACACUUCCUCCUACAACUGAACCAUCAGUGAAAACUGUCAUCACUCCAGAAGCGACCUCAGAAUCCAUCAUCACAGACACAGCCGAGACUACCACAGUUCCAGUUACUUCACCCAUGGUCUAA